GAAUAGAUAGUGAAAGUCCCACAGAGCUAACAAGAGUGCAAGAGGGCAAGAGGGGGGUAGGAACGGGGGACCCGAGUAAGGUAUAUGAGGGCCUCAGUUCGAGCAACCGCUGGUACUCUAGCCUCGCUGCCUACUUACAUUCACACACACUAACACACCGACCACCUGGAAAACACAAUGUACACCGUCGCGACGGUACUGUCAUUGGUAGCUGCCAUGCUCGCGGUAUCGGCUCAGCAAUACCAGCAACCAGGUAUCAACUACGUCGACGAAUAUUCAGCGUACGAGUCCCCCGCGAGACCGGCCCAUCCGACUCCGCGGAGUUACGCGGCUGACUCAGCGCCGAGCCGGCAAUCCGCUGGCCCCGCCGCGCCGAAGCCAACCCCGGUGGCCAUCCUCAAGCAGAUCAACAGGCACAACGAGGACGGCUCGUACACGUACGGGUUCGAGGGCGCGGACGGCUCGUUCAAGAUCGAGACGAAGCUGCCGACCGGCGAGGUGAAGGGUAAAUACGGGUUCGUGGACGAUACCGGGAAGGUGCGCGUGGUCGAGUACGGCGCGAAUCAGUACGGCUUCCAGCCGGCUGGCGAGGGUAUCACGGUCGCGCCACCGACUCUAGUCGACGAGACGACGAACAAGGAAUCGCUGCCGGCCAACUAUCAAGAGGACUACCCGCAACCGGCAGCCAGACCGGUGCCGCUUCGAGCGCCUGCGCCGGCGGCAGCAGCUCGGCAACAAGCAUCCCUUCAACAGCUUCAGUACGAGGAGCCAGCUUACCAACAGCCCCAACAGACGCACACUCAGGCCGUCUACUCGCCUCAGCUGGCGUCCAGGCAGCAGUCAAGCCUCUCCAAGCCGCCGAUUUUCACGCCGGCUGCUCCUCAAUCCAACCUCAGACAGACCCCUCUCAUCCAGCCCGAAGAACCGGCACCACCCUCUCAGUUGUACAACCAGGGCCCAGCUCAGUUUGGCCCAGCUCCCGUUCAGGAACGCCGUUCCCAGCCGCAACCUCGCAGCCAGAGCGGCGGCAUCCUCGAUCAGCUAGCCAGGGAUUACGCUUUGCCUCAGGGCGUCGCGCCGCCGUUGCACGACAUCAGCUUCGGUUACUACUAGGUUACUCUAGUCUCUCUCCCGUCUCCGUCAGAGUGGUCUCCGUCUGCGUUUCCAUUGUACCGAGGGCGCGUGCCCAAUUUGAAUGGCACCGCGACUCGUCGAUCGCGUGUCCGUUUAUUACCGAAGGAAACGUCGAGAUUAGGAGGAAGAUCCAUGCGUUUGAUUAUCUCAAUGAUAUUUUCACGCUGUUUGUCACUUUUAGAAUUUAGAACGGUUCUUGGGCUUCCUUUCGGUAAUAAGCAAAUCAGUAAAGCUGUCAUGGCUGCCUACCGAGUCGUGCCUUUGUCUUCCUUUCGACGAGGGUGCGAGUUUCAUUCUUGCCAUUGGAAUCGAACGUGAAAAUACACUUUGUCACCGGGCUGACAAACCUUUUUUCUUCAAAUUCAAAUUCGCCCGCGGGAAAAUUUCUUUCACGUUCAUUUCCCGCGAAGGAACCCGUUAAAAAUCGUCGAUGCUGCGUAUUGCAAGGGUUGUAAGAAUGUAAAUAAAAAUUCCCACGUUCCACGGUAGGCGCCCGUGCUGGGUUUCAAUCGCAGAAAACGCAGUUUGCGCGCGUUACAUGAUUUCGUUUCGAAGGAAAACCUCUUUUUCGUCAAGCUGCGUCUUCGAGUCGGCGUCCCGCGACACUGCACGCUUGCUAUUACGUUGUACUAUAUUAAUUGGAUCGUCGUAAGGUAAAUUGGAUCGAAAUAAAUCGCGAGAGCAGCGUGCAUAACCUUUCGCAACUAUGCAAUUAUGAUAUCACGCUUCCCCAAUGGAAAAACACAAAGUAUUAUUUUCACUACGCUGAACUCUCGUCCUUCUAUUGUAAUUCACACAAGUUGCAGGUAAACCGUUUCGUUCUCAACCUUUUUCUUUUUGUUAACAAUUGUAAAGAAGGAUAAUCAUCAAAAUAAAGACGAAAGAGAUAUUAAUAAAGUUAA